AUGAACGACCCUCACGGAUCCAAUCAUCUCCCGAUAUUAAUAGAAUACCAACUUUCAGGCCAGAAUAAUGAUAUUAUAAACAAUACCCAUAAAUGUUGGAAAACAGACAAAGCUGAUUGGAUUAAGUACCAAAACCAUAUGAACACAACAUUUGCAGGAAGUUACGAUCAAAUGAUCGAAAAUAUAAACACGGCAGCAGGUAUAUCAAUCCCAAAAAUUAACCACUCAAGGAAAAAUAAUACACAUUCAUACAAACCAUGGUGGAAUGAAAAUUGCCACGAUAAAGUUACAGAUAGGAAAAAAGCAUACAAGAUAUAUAAUGAGAAUCCGAAUUUACAAAAUUUAUCAAACUACAAAAGAUUAGACGCGUUAGCUAAAAAAACUCUGAAAGAAACAAAAAGGCAAAAAUGGAAGGAGUACUGCGGAAGCCUAAAUAAGAACACUCCCAUCAAAGAAGUAUGGUCAAAAUUAAAUCAGUAUAAAAAUAGAAAAAAAGAAAACAGAAUGCCAUUAAAUAGCGAAGCAAUUUGGAUAGAAUCUUUCCACUGCAAAUUGUCCCCUCCUUGGGUAAAUUACAAAACAACAGAAAUAAACGAUGAAAAUACCAAUCUCGACACGUCAGUAAUAGAUUCCAGCAGUCACUUGUUAAAGGUAUUUACACUCCCAGAACUAAAUAUUGCAUUAAAACAACAUAAUAAUACAGCCCCCGGGAAAGACAAUAUCACAUACUCUAUGCUCGCUCAAUUACCUGAAAAUAGUAAAAUAGAACUACUGGAAAUAUAUAAUACCAUAUGGUUAUUAAAAGCACCUAUUCCAUCGGACUGGUAUGAAUACAUCGUCAUCCCACAAAGGAAACCUGGAAAACCCCUAGAAGAAGCAGACUCUUACAGGCCAAUAGCACUUGCGUCAUGCGCACUAAAAACAUACGAACGACUGAUCAAGAAUCGUCUAGAACAUUGGCUAGAAAAAAAUUACCUUCUACCUCGAUUCCAAUAUGGAUUCAGACGGGGACGGUCUACAAAUGAAGCGUUAGCAAUAUUAACUAAUGAUAUUCAGAUAUCCUUCACGAACAACCAAUCGGUAAUGGCCACAUUCUUAGAUAUCAAAGGAGCAUACGACAAUGUUCUGAUAGAUCGGCUGACAAUAAAACUGAACAAGUUAGGAAUUCCACCAAGAAUAACAUUACACCUCAGAAAUUUGUACGUAAACAGGAGUAUAUAUCUAAAAAUCAACAAUUCAAUAACCACCUCUCGGGUAACAUCAGUUGGUCUCCCACAAGGCAGUAUCCUCAGCCCACUACUCUUCACAAUAUAUACUAUGGAUUUAGAAACAAUCUUAGGGAAAAAUGUAAAAUUAAUACAAUUUGCUGAUGACAUCUGCAUAUAUACCUACCACAAAACCUNUAAAUGA